AUGAAUUUUUGGUCAGCCUACGUUCCUUGCGGUGCCGCUCAGUUAAAUGCAGUUCAACUCUCAUUGGAACAGAUUGACGUGAUUCGUCGACUCGCUGAAAUGAAUGCUCAACACUUAACCCUGGUUACCUCCGUCAAAGGUCUCAUCGAGGCGCAUAGAGAAGGCAAGAUCGCAAGUCUAAUCGGAGUAGAAGGUGGCCAUUCCUUGGGGAAUUCCUUGGGUGUCCUCAGGACGUUUUACGGUCUGGGAGCGCGAUAUCUUACUCUGACACAUGCGUGUGACACCUCCUGGGCAGUCUGUUCUGUUGGCGAGACGAACAACACUCAGGACUCCACGCCGGGCCUCAGCGAAUUUGGGAAAGCAGUUGUCAGGGAAUUGAACAGGCUGGGCAUGCUGGUCGAUCUCUCGCAUGUCUCGACAAGAACGAUGAGGGCGGCCCUGCAGACGACGAGGGCGCCGGUGAUCUUCUCGCACAGCGCUGCCAGGGCGCUGUGCAAUUCCACCAGAAACGUGCCGGACGACGUGCUCAGAAAUCUGGCUAAGAAUGGCGGAGUGGCGAUGGUCCCUUUUUAUACCUACUUCAUAACAUGCAACAGCACCGCUACUAUAAAAGACGUUAUUGCACACAUCAAUCAUAUUCGAAAGGUGGCGGGAAUCGAUCACGUUGGAAUCGGAGCGGGUUUCGACGGGAUAAAUUUUACUCCCACGGGUUUAGAGGAUGUCUCGAGGUAUCCGCAACUAUUGGCCACCUUGUUAGAGGAUCCUACAUGGACGGAGGAUGACAUCAAGAAACUAGCCGGCCUCAACUUACUGAGGGUAUUCGCCAAAGUCGAACAGGUUCGUGACGAGUGGCACAGAGCAGCGGUGUUACCUGUGGAAAAGAUCAGUCCACCAGACAACUCGGCCUGCGUUUACGGCGCGUCUUGAUCCUCUUUAAGGACAAUUGUGCCGGGAUUUCUCGACUUUGCGCGAUCGCCGAAGAUCCUGAGGAUGCUGCGGUAUUACUGGAGCCUGUAAGAGAACGCGUGUCUCGAAUCGCCAAAGGAUCCGUACAGUAAGAAAGCUUCACGGAUAUCUCUAAUGGAAACGACCGACCAAUCUACACCGAAAGAACUGCCGACUUUUACUUCAGGGACUCCGUCGCGCCUUAACGAGAGACGAAGAUUCAGCGCGGGAAUGCGACCGGUCCUUCGAAAUUAAUGGCGUUGAGGAUCCUUCCGAGACACCUUUGGGACGUGGCGAGCCCGUUCACCUGCGACUCCGUUUGAAAGAUCUCAAGCACCGUUAACGACAGUAAAUUGCGAUUGUAUUUGAGAAAUAAUUAUCCACCUCUUACAAGCAUCACUUAUUUUUGCGAUAUCUGAUGAAUUAGUAAUCUCAUAAUGUUAAAGAAAGAUUAAUGACUGUUUUUAACUCAGUAUUUCUUCCACGCUUGCAAAUUAUUGAGCAUAAUUUUGCGAUCAUUUGUCAGGCAUUUCCGUCCAGACUUCAAACUUGGCUUAAUAACACUUAUUUAUUUAUUUCGCAAUUUGCAUCACUAGCACGCGUUAAAGUGCAUAUUUUACA